AUGUUUCUUCUUCUUCCUUAUCGCUGUCUUCGUUGCAACAAAAAUAAUAUACUCCAUCGGAUGUGCCGUCCGGGUCUACCGCCCCGUCGUUGCACGGACGUAAAUACUGUUGAUAUAAAACUACAAAAGGCAAGAAAAUUUUUAAAAAAUCUUGCCUUACCUAGAGUAUUAUCUCCUUGUUUUGUAAGUAAGGCAUUUCAUCUAAGCACUCCAAUUAAAAUUCUGGACAAAGACCAUCCAUUAAAGAAAUUUACAACAAUAGACAAAAAAGAAGAAACCUUUCAGCAAGACAUUGAUGAACCAGUAGAUGUAAAAUCUUUGGUCUUUCCUACUUUGGAGACAUACAAAACAUUGUAUGAAGGAGUGCCUUAUACUGAUUUGCACAUUGCUUGUAUAAAAGCCACAAGGAACAACACUUUGGUCACAGUCACUGACCACAAAGGUAAAACUGUUGUGAUUAAAACUGCGGGGUCUGAGGGAUUCCGUAAUGCCCGCAAAGGAACCAACAUUGCUGGCCAGGCAGCAGGGAUUGCUGCUGGAGAGAAAGCUGUUAAUCAUGGAAUAAAAUAUAUUCGAGUUUGUGUCCAAGGUAUUGGUCCUGGAAGAUUGCCAUCUAUCAAAGGUCUCCAGAUGGCGGGUUUGCAGAUUGUUUCUCUCACAGAUACAACACCUAUUACAUUUAAUACAGAUCGACCAAGAAAACAACGAAGACUUUAA